AAUCUUAUUUCAAGAGUCUUUGAGGUUUUACUUGUUGGGAGUUACAGUUGCGACGUAUGAGUCUUUGUAUUUACAGAAUUGUGUGUACUUGAUUGUUGUUCUAAACGCUUUACAAAUAGAAAAUGUCUAGAUUUCGUGAAUGGGAUCUGUCGUGCAAAGUGUAUGUUGGAAAUUUAGGUCCCAGUGCAUCCAAGCAUGAUCUGGAAAGGGCAUUCAGUAAAUAUGGCCCCCUUAGAAAUGUGUGGGUUGCUCGAAGCCCUCCAGGCUUUGCAUUCAUAGAGUUUGAAGAUCCUAGAGAUGCAAAGGAUGCUGUUCGAGCACUUGAUGGAAUGAGACUGUGUGGAACUCGAGUUAGGGUUGAAAUGUCUACGGGACGCACAAGGAGAGAUGAAGGCCGCAGGCAUUCAAGAUCGCGCUCACCGCCACCAAAGCGGUCACGGUCACGAUCAAGGAGCCAUUCAGUAAAAAGAUCUCGUUCAGGUUCAUGGGAUAGGCAGUAAAAUACUUGGUGAUAAAACACUGCACCUUAUCAAUAAUAUGCACAAACUAUUGACAAACCAUGUCUGUAGGCAUUGAUGCACUUCAAGAUCAAAACUUCACAUUUCUGUUUAUUCAUGUGAUGUCAUUUUGUAAUGUCUUAUACUUUAUAAUAACAAAUAAAUUUCUAAUAUCUUGUUUA